AUGUGCUCGUUAUCGAUGCAAUUCUCACUCUUCCAAUCACCAUCUCGCUCCUCGUCGUCAUUUUCAGCAAUCCAUGAACCUAAACUCUGCACUUCCUCUGUGAGCUUCCCGUUGAAAGUAAAGUCAAGGACUUUCAGUCGAAAUUUGGUCUUAAGAGUUAAAGCCUAUGGUUCCUCAAAUAGUCAGCCUUCUGAUUCCUCUGCAGAGUCCACACCUCCCAAUGGCACUCGGCCUAAAACUAGGAGGGAUAUACUACUGGACUAUGUACAGAAUGUGAAGCCAGAGUUUAUGGAGAUGUUUGUUAAACGUGCGCCUAAACAUGUUGUUGAUGCAAUGAGACAAACAGUGACGAAUAUGAUAGGAACGCUGCCUCCGCAGUUUUUCGCGGUUACAGUCACCUCUGUUGCUGAAAACCUUGCGCAGCUGAUGAUGAGCGUGUUGAUGACUGGAUAUAUGUUCAGAAACGCUCAGUACCGUCUUGAGCUGCAACAGAGUUUGGAGCAAGUUGCUCUUCCUGAACCUCGUGAUAAAAAGGAGGAUGAUGAUCAAGACUAUGCACCCGGAACACAAAAGAACGUUUCAGGGGAAGUGAUACGGUGGAACAACGUUUCUGGUCCUGAGAAAAUCGAUGCGAAAAAGUAUAUCGAGCUUCUUGAAGCAGAGAUCGAAGAGCUAAACCGUCAAGUGGGGAGAAAAUCCGCGAAUGAGCAGAACGAAAUCUUGGAGUAUCUCAAAUCUCUCGAACCUCAAAACCUCAAGGAGCUAACAAGCACUGCAGGGGAAGAUGUUGCGGUGGCGAUGAAUACAUUUAUCAAGCGGCUUCUAGCUGUGUCUGAGUCAGACCAAAAGCAAAUGAAGACGAAUGUGACGGAGACAAGCGCAACGGACCUUGCGAAAUUGUUGUAUUGGCUAAUGGUGGUUGGAUAUAGCAUUCGGAAUAUCGAGGUCCGGUUUGAUAUGGAACGUGUGCUUGGUACUCAUGCCAAGCUCGCUGAGUUGCCUCCUGGAGAACUUAUUUGA